AUGGGUAGCGGGCUGAAGUAUAUACAGACUGCUGGUCUGUUAUUCUCUUCAAUACGGCUCGACCUCAGACUAUUGAUGUAUCCCCUCGAGAUGGUCGCUUUCCUUUUUGCAGUUCUUGUCGCCGUGCUUUUUCAACAGGUCGUCUUCGUAAUACCCUUGGAAGAUGGUGAUGUUGAAGUUAGCAAACAGUGCCCGCCGCAGUGGGGCGGAAAGUCACCGUGUGCGUGCGGCGAUAGGGUCGGGCUUCGCUACUCGCAGCUCUUUUGUAAUAAGCUUCGCAAGUGGUAUUGGAAUAAACCGGAUGACCCCAAAGACGGGCAGAUGGCUUUUUUAUUAUGA